GGAAAGUUUGGAAUCCAGAGCUGGAGGAGGAGGAGGUAAAGGAGGAGGAGGAAGGCAAACCGAGAGGAGGGAUUUACACGCAGGGAAGUUUGACACGAAUGCAGUGGGGACAAGAGUGUGGCCCACUGCAAGAUAGGUCGGGCUGGUUCCGGGAAAGAGUUCGGGUUUGGUUCGGGGCCGAAGAAUCUCUGCAAGCCCAAAGUUUGUUUGUUUUUUUCCUGGGAGCCCGAACUGAAGUGGGCCGGUCUCCCUCCCACCGAUUGCUCUGCAUGAAGUUCUGCGGAAAGACGUUCGAUUCCCACUUUCACCGGCCGUCGGAUCAGGGCUGAGCGGGGCGGGCGGCGUCUCCGGCCGGGAGCGAGAGUCGCUGAGAGACAACUGUCCGGGACUCUUCUUCUGGUCUAAUCCCCGAACACUAGCUGUUGUUGUCGCGCUGCCCGGACAGUUCGGCUCGGGUCGGGGACUCGGUGCCUCCACGGAGGGUUGCUGUUUGAUCGAUCGAGCCAGCGAGGAAGGAUCGCAUGUGGCUAACACACAAGUAGCUCCAGAACCGGCCGAACCGACCCGAGCCAGACAUGCCCGUAAGGAAGAAAGAUGCGCAGCGAGCAUUGCUGCUGCUGGAGGAGUACCGGGCCAAGCUGAACCAUGCAGAGGACAGGCAGCUCCGCCUCUCCAUCCAGCGGGUCAUUGACAUCUUCCAGAGCAACCUGUUCCAGGCCCUCAUAGAUAUCCAGGAGUUUUAUGAAGUGACCUUAUUGGAUAGUCAAAUGUGGGCGGAGUCUUCCAAGGUAGCCGACCCGGUGGCUCCCGUCAACCUAUGGGACUUUUCCAGCCUCCAGAGCACGACGGUGACCUCGGACACGCUGCCCAGCCUUAGCACCAGCAUUGAGGACUCUCCCCUCCUUAUCGAAAUCCUGCACACGCUGGCGCUGGCUGACCGGUCGCCCAGCCACCAUGCACAUCAGAGGUAUCGGCACCACGACGAGGACGUGUCCCCCCAGGACCAGAGCUCCCUGCAGCUGACUGAGGAGGGGGGUCCAGAGCUGGUCCAGGUCUCGGAGAAGAACCUGUCUCAAAUCGAGAACGUGCAUGGAUAUGUGACACAUGCGCACAUCUCUCCCUUGAAGGUGGCGAUGGUCGACUGCGUCUUUGACGGGUCUCCAUUAGGACUGAAUCAAUCGGAGUUCCCCUCCCCCACGCCCUCCUGCUCCUCCAACCCGUACCCCCCCAUCCAGCAGGCAGAAGUCACGACCCCGUCCUCCAUUAUCCCUGUGAUCCCUGUUUCACCAGCCGAGACCCCCACCAUCACCCCGACAGCCCCCCAGGCCAACCCUCCUCCUGUGGUGGUCAACACAGACACUCUGGACAUGCCCCCUUAUGUGAACGGUACGGAGGCAGACUAUGAGUACGAGGAAAUCACUCUGGAGCGGGGGAACUCGGGUCUGGGCUUCAGCAUCGCUGGCGGCAUCGACAACCCUCACAUCGGAGAAGACCCCAGUAUCUUCAUCACCAAAGUCAUCCCAGGAGGAGCGGCGGCCCAGGACGGACGGCUCAGGGUCAAUGAUGUCAUCCUGCGGGUCAACGAGGUGGAUGUACGCGACGUGACGCACAGUCGGGCGGUGGAGGCGCUGAAAGAAGCCGGUGCUUUGGUGCGCUUGUACGUGCGGCGCCGAAAACCUGUCGCAGAGAAAGUGACGGAGCUGAAGCUGGUCAAAGGACCAAAAGGUCUGGGGUUCAGCAUCGCCGGAGGGGUUGGUAACCAACACAUCCCCGGAGACAACAGCAUCUACGUGACCAAGAUCAUUGAGGGGGGGGCCGCACACAAGGACGGACGCCUGCAGAUUGGAGACAAGCUGCUCGCUGUCAACAGUGUGUGUCUGGAGGAGGUCACUCAUGAACAUGCCGUCACUGCCUUGAAACACACACCUGAUGUUGUUUACCUGAAGGUUUCUAAACCAACCAGUGUCUUCAUCAACGACAGCUUCACCUCACCUGACCUCUCCAGCUCAUUCCCUCCUCACCUGGAUAACCACGUCAGCCCCUCUAACUUCCUGGGUCAGCCUGCCCCUCCUCCCACCUCCACAGGACGUUACUCCCCUACCCCCAAGAGCAUUCUGGGAGAGGACGACGUCAUCAGGGAUCCCAGGAAGGUGAUUCUGGUCCGGGGGUCGGCGGGUCUGGGCUUCAACAUUGUGGGAGGUGAAGAUGGAGAAGGAAUCUUCAUCUCCUUCAUCCUGGCAGGAGGCGCAGCGGACCUGAGCGGAGAGCUGCGGCGAGGAGACCGGCUGGUGUCGGUGAACGGCGUGGACCUUCGUAAUGCCACUCAUGAACAAGCAGCAGCUGCCUUGAAGAACGCUGGGCAGACUGUAACCAUCAUCGCCCACUACAGGCCAGAGGAAUACAGUCGCUUUGAGGCAAAGAUCCAUGACCUCCGGGAGCAGAUGAUGAACAGCAGCAUCAGCUCUGGCUCCGGGUCUCUGCGCACCAGCCAGAAGAGGUCGCUCUACGUCAGAGCUUUGUUCGAUUACGACAGGACGAGGGACUCGGGUUUGCCUAGUCAGGGACUGAACUUCAGGUUUGGAGACAUCCUCCACGUGGUUAACGCUUCUGACGACGAGUGGUGGCAGGCCAGGCAGCUGACUGCUCAGGGCGAGGUGGAGGAGGUCGGGGUCAUACCCAGCAAGAGAAGGGUGGAGAAAAAGGAGCGGGCCCGACUAAAGACGGUCAAGUUUAAUGCCAAGUCCAGAGAAAGGCAGUCCGUCACUGACAAGCGUAAAAAGAACCUGUUUACUCGAAAGUUUCCGUUCAACAAGAGCAAAGAGGCGAGCGAGCUGGAGACCAGCGACCUGGACCAACAUGUGACGUCGAACGCUAGUGACAGUGAGAGUAGCUACCGUGGUCCAGAGGAGAUGGUGCUGUCCUACGAACCGGUUGCCCAGCAGGAGGUGAACUACAGCCGACCUGUAAUCAUCCUCGGCCCGAUGAAGGACCGGAUCAACGACGACCUCAUCUCCGAGUUCCCUGACAAGUUCGGGUCCUGCGUGCCACGUGAGUCGUCCGAGCCCUCCGAUCAGACGUACUGGUCGCUUGACAUGCCCUACUGUCGCCCUGCAGACACAACGCGGCCCAAGAGAGACUAUGAGGUGGACGGCCGGGACUACCACUUCGUGGGGUCCAGGGAGCAGAUGGAGAAGGACAUCCAGGAGCACAAGUUCAUCGAGGCGGGACAGUACAACAACCACUUGUACGGGACCAGCGUGCAUUCGGUCCGGGAGGUCGCCGACAAGGGUAAACACUGCAUCCUGGACGUCUCUGGAAAUGCCAUCAAGCGCCUGCAGGUGGCGCAGCUUCAUCCCAUCGCCAUCUUCAUCAAGCCCCGGUCGGUGGAAAACAUCAUGGAGAUGAACAAGCGCCUGUCGGAGGAGCAGGGCCGGAAAACGUUUGAGAGGGCUGGCAAGCUGGAGCAGGAGUUCACUGAGCACUUCACAGCGGUGGUCCAGGGCGACACUCUGGAAGAGAUUUACGAGCAGGUGAAGCGGGUCAUAGAGGAUCACUCGGGUCGCUUCGUCUGGGUCCACUCCAAGGAGAAGUUGUGAUGUCGGCGCCACCCCUCCCUGCCUGCGCACCGGACGCCGGUGUUUUCUACUUCCUGGUUCGGACUCCGUGAGACAAGCACACACGGGUCGUGUGACCGGUACGACGAUGUAGCCGCUGCACCUGCAGGAUAUGGAUAGAGCUUCGGACCGGAAGAGAAAUUUUGCACGUUUGAUCGUCAGCACAUGACGAGCCCCUUCCCCUGCUAACACGCCUCCUUCUGCUCUCCGCUGUUGCCUGAUGGCAGCGGCACACGCAAGCUUUGCAGGUUCUGGCUGGACAGAAGGGGGCGCCGCUCAGGAUUCCAGUCGUCACAUUUCAGAAACUUGUUUUUCAUUUGACAUCAUUUUAGCAUGUUUGUUUUGAUAAGCUGGAGCUCUGACUUGGAGAUAUGUCAAACAUGUCAAACAAGCUCUCCUUUGUGAACCGUAAAGAAACUUCUUUCUCAGAUUCGAGAGGUUGGUUCUGUUUUCAGAUUUUCAUGUUCUCCAUCCUGCGUUUCUGUUGCUCGCGACGGCACCCUCUGUUGGACCGAACCUGCAGCUUUGAUGCUUGAUCACGGGUCCUCUUUCAGUGAGAGGAGCCAGACUGUACGAAGAGAUUAUGACAUCAAUAUUUAACCCUCGUUAAACUGCCUAUUUUCUAACGACGGAAUUGACAGAACUUUAUUCCCGACGUUCGUACGUCAGAUAGAAACAGAUCUGAAGUCUAUUUUUCUCUUUGUUUGGGCGCCUCCUGUCUUUCAUCUUC